UUCACAUACACUGUUAAAUGCACGUAUCUUUAGAAUCUGUAUUUAGUUAUACUCUUUGCUUACAAUGAAUAGUAAUACUUGUUUCCUUUUUGGAUUUUUUUCGGUCAUUUUAGUAACAUGUGUUGUCACAGGAACUGGCGUGGUGAUAGACUGCUAUACUACAACGGUAGAUGACUACAUCGGCCACCAGCAGACGACAAAGAACGGGACACCGUGCAUAAGAUGGGAUUCUUACGAUAAAAAGGUCUACAAAAAUGAACAAUUCCGUGACGCUACAGUAUCAGAUGCAGCCAAUUUUUGUCGAGCUGUGGAACGGGAUUAUCUGUGGUGCUGGACAUCAGACAGUGGCGAUAGGGACACAUGUGGAAUUAAAAAAUGUGAUAACAACGGUAUAAGCAAAUGUGGAUAUUUGACAAUAAAGCAACCAGCUUUACUAGGAAGAAACGUAACGUUUACUUUUACACCGGACUCACAGGAUCCAGAUGCAAUUCUGGAAUGGCAACGUGCAAAUAAAGCCAUAGGAAGUUCAUGGUAUACUUGUCCUUUGACAUACAAGUUCACACAGUAUCAUGACAAUGGAGCAUACUACAUGGUCUUAACAGACAGUUUCCUUAUAGAUGGACUAUUUCAUUACCGGAUACAUUAUUACAACGAAAGCGUGCACUGUUGGAUGGAAGCAGGAAAACUUAAACUUGAUGAUAACCCAACUAAUCCAUGUGGAUUUGUUUACCUGAGAAAUGAACGUGUAUUGGAGGGCGAGAAUGUAUAUUUAGAAUAUUAUCCGUCUAAAGAUGUAAUGGAAAACCCUGAUAAUUUUGCGCGCCAGUGGGUUCGAUCAAAAAACGGAUCUACAUUUGAUAUAAAGAUUGGAAAGGAUACUUACAUUGAAAAUAAUAUAGAAAAUGGGAAGUAUACAUUGACUUUUUCCAGUGACAACAGCAUGAACGGACAUUACAGUGUUAAUUGUGGCGGAGAAGCGGGAUUUACAAAUAAUAUUUCCGUGGUUGGACUAGGUAAAUAUAAAAUCCGACAUCCUUAUAGCAAUAUAAUUAAAAUUAAUUAACGAUGCUAAUCUUGCUGAGUGAGCUGUUUUUAUGAGGUAGAAAAAUAUUAAUGUAGUUUAUAUUUCUAAUAUUUACACCAGUGCAUUAUUAUAUUGCUGACGAGCUGAUUGCUCUUUAUAAUAAUUUAGAAUCAACAACUACCUGACAAUUAAAUUAACUGCAU